AUGGCACCAAACCUUCAAACUAUUUCCCUACCUUCAGCGACAGUUCAGUCGCACGCCUCAAACCUACUACAACUCCCAGACAAGACCGUGCUAUGUACAUGGUUUGGCGGUUCCCAAGAAGGCCUUCCAGAUAUUUGCAUCUGGUUGUCUCGUCUUGAGCCCGAAGCUUCAUCUUGGAGUACACCUCAAAAGAUAUCUUCUGAUGAGAACAGAAGUUGCCAAAACCCCGUCUUGUUCAGAGCACCGCAUAAGGGGGAGUUGUGGUUGUUGCACACUUCUCAGGAUGCUGGCAACCAAGAUGGAGCUUAUAUCCUGAAGCGUACAUCUUCGGACGAAGGCCGCACGUGGUCCGAAGCUAGUCGUCUACUCAAGGAUGUGACGGGUAUCUUUAUCAGACAGCCUAUUGUUGUCAAUGAUGAGGGUACUUGGAUUCUGCCAGUCUUUUACUGUCGCACCGAACCUGGCCAUAGAUGGAUCGGCAGUGAUGACAUCUCCGGCGUUCUUUACUCCCAAGACAAUGGUGCGACGUGGAAAGAGAAGCAAGCACCAGACAGUGUUGGAUCUGUCCAUAUGAACAUCCUCCCUCAAACUCCUGGCCAGUCCAAUUGGGUUGCAUUUUACCGCAGUCGAUGGGCAGACAACGUCUACCGUUCAACAUCCACCAACGGCAUAGACUGGGAAGAGCCAAAAGCCACAUCCCUCCCCAACCCCAACAGCGGAAUCUGCGCCGCGCGUCUCUCCUCAGGAAACGUAGCCCUAGUCUUCAACAGGUCCAAUGCAUCAGCAGAUACCCUCAAGCGUCAAGGUCUAUACGACGAUAUCACGCCUGAAGAUGACAAGCGACCUAACCAGGUUACCAAAACUGGUAAGGACGCUAUUUGGGGAACACCGAGAAAGACCUUGACGCUUGCGAUCUCGCAGGAUGAGGGUUUGACUUGGAAUGAGCGUGUGCUCGAGGAUGGCGAUGGCUUCUGUGGGACGAAUAGUUCUUCGGGACAAGAGAAUAGGGAGUUGAGUUAUCCUAGUAUUUAUGUCGAGAAGGCUAGUGAGGGAGAUGUAGCACACGUGGCGUAUACUUGGCACCGACAGCAUAUCAAGUACGUUAGGAUAAAUGAUGUUGAGGGAUGGGUUAAGCAGGGUUAG